GUGGACCAACUCCUAGAUUUCUGGAACCCUGGCGUGUUCUUUGAGCGCACUGCGUUGUACGAGCGGGGUCGCCUUGUGCGCUGUGCCCUUGUCCCCCUGAUAUGCGACCUACCGGCUGCGCGGCAAGUUUCGGGGCAUGGAUCUGCAGCAGCCACAUACUUCUGCAGUUUCUGCAAGCUCAAGAUCGACGACAUCGAAAACCUGAGCCCAGACAGUUGGCCUCUUCGCAAUGCAGGCGAACAUCGUGAGGCUGCGUCGCGAUGGAAGACAGCCGCCACGCCUGAAGAAAGGUUCAGGGUUUUCGAGGAAACCGGCGUUCGAUGGUCGGAGCUUCUACGCCUCCCCUAUUGGGACCCUAUCCUAUUCACCGUCAUCGAUACGAUGCACAACCAGUAUCUUGGUUUGCUGAAGACUCACUGUCGCGACAUAUGGGGCAUGAGUGUUGAGUCGGGCGACGGUGAAGGACACACGAGUCCCUCGCACAACAUGCCGAAGAAACCCUCAGAGCGCGAGAUGAGAGAUGGGCUGUAUUGCCUCUACAACGGGACCAUGGCCGAUCUUGGGUCGUGCAGCCGAGCUGUGUUGUGGCACCUUUGCUUCAGGUUGGGGCAGAAGCGCUCUCACAGCGCGAAGCGCAUGUUGAAGACCCUGAAGACCUGGGUACAGUAUCGCGCCAACGAUGGGCCGGGCAUGCUGGGGAAACUCAUGAAGGGCGAAAGAGUCUUGGGCAGAGAUGUCGAAGCCAAAGUCCUGGCUAGCAGUGCUUGCAAAGACGCCCUAAUCGCUAUGUGCCAAAGGCGCCAGCUGUCCGACUCUGGCUACAAGAUUGAGCUGGCACAACGCCUCGUCGCAUGGGUAAGCAGCCUCAUGCAUAGCUUCGGCAGAACUGAGUGUGCCGGGCUUAGAAAAGCAAUGUGCCCUCGGACUCGUAUCUUCCACCGCCAGCGGUUGGAUCGCAGCCCCUUCGCCGUCCUGGGGCGCGAGACUCUUGCCGAGAUUCAUGCGGACAUGCUGCGGACGGAAGUGCCUUCUUGGGUGGACCCAGCCCCUAAAAACCUAGGGACGAAAGAGCGAGGGAAGCUGAGCGCCGAUCAAUGGUUUUCUGCCUGCACGAUCAACUUCCCGUUCACCUUGAUCCGGCUUUGGGCCGAUAGCUCCAGCCGAAAGCAACAAAUGCUCAUGAACUAUAUGGAUCUGGUCACGGCGGUAGUGGUCAGCAGCAUGCUCGAGAUCUCUGAAGACCACAUACGAUUAUACGAGGCUUCAAUCAACCGCUACUUGUCGUCUUUACAAACUCUAUAUCCGGAAGCAGAUCUCCGUCCCAAUCACCAUUUGGCACUCCACGUACCGUACUUCCUGCGGUCUGGUGGGCCUGUACAUGCGCAACGAACAAAUUUUUCGGAGCGCACAAAUUAUCUGUUGCAAAGCGAGAACACCAGUGCUAAAUUUGGGGAGAUUGAGUUGACAUACAUGAAAACCACUUGCCGUGCGUCAAAUCUCAGGGCCCUGCUCCAAGAGCCAGAGAUACGCGGUACCGUAGAAGAGUUUGUGGACGCCUAUGAUGGCUUGUUUCAUGCAAACAAAAGAGGCACGAAGUUCCGCGAUUCAAUGUUGGGGAUGGGAUCUCCCCGAGCCGAAGGAGUUCCUGGCAGGCGGAUGAGAGUCGUCAUGGUUGAUGACAGGGCGUUUCGGGCAUUGUUGGCGUUGCUGAAUCAGGACGCCGGGAAGGACGUCUACGCCGAUGCGCGCGAUAUCGGGUCAAAUCGCCUACAGCUGUACAACCGGGUGGUUGACUGCGCCAGCGUGCAUAUAUCCGGUGUCUCCUACAAACCUGACAGCCGAUCAUCGAAGGAUAGCAACAUCAUUUUCCAGCUCAGCAGCGACAACCGUGUAUCUUGCGCAGGUCGAAUCAGGCAGAUCUUCCAGCAUACCAGGCGCGACUCGCGAAACGAGAAGACGACGGAGACAUUUUUGGUUGUAGACCGCUUCGAAGAGCUUUCAACGGACGAUAUCAGAUGGGACCACUACCGCACAUUCCCUCACGUUGGAGGCCGCCUUUGUUACAACAAGAUUAAGCCUGACGUCCUUGUGAUUCGGCCGGCUCAAGUAUUAUCUCAUUUUGCGAAGACAUCGGUCUGUGUCCCGCGGAUCUCGCACGAAUGCGUUCACGUGUUGCCGUUGGAUAGGGUG